AUGCUCUCCCGUUCGGAGCGGGUCCGCAUAGACAAGGCAGAGCAAAGGAGACGAACUCGAGCCCUCGUUCUGCAACUGGACGCGCUCGUUCCCCUCCAAGAUCGCCCUCUCUCUGCCGAGAAAGGCAGCCUUGCCUCGAGAAGGACGAUAAUGCAGCUACAUGAAGACACUCUGGCCGCGGUCAAGAGCCUACGAAGGAGAUUGGGCGGAGAUACCAGGACCUCGCCGAUCAAGGGAGAGGGAAGUGCGAGCAAAGAAUGCAGUGCGAACGAAGAGGAGACGGCGAUAAGAAGCCCAGGGGAGAAGUGUGCCAAGUCAGAGAGAAACAAGCUGCAAACGACUAUCAAACUGGAGAACGGGGUUGACAAGGACGUGGCGGAUGAAACAGCAAGGAACGGGGCGGGUAGCAAGGAGAGUUUUGUUGCCAUACCCUUGGAUUCAGUGAUGGAGGGGAUGCUUGAGAGUGAGAUGCUGCUGCUCAUGGAGGUGAACUUGGCAGACUGGACGGUAACGAGGAUGAGCAAGGGACUGCAAAGAUGGUUCUCCUGUCUACCAGCCCCAGGGCUUGUCGGGCAGUCGCUGCUGCGGUUUGUCCCUUCCCCUGAGCUUCCAGCCUUCAGGAAGUUUCUCAUCAAAGACGGCCCGGUUACCCUGAGCGAGUUCUCGGCUAAGGUCCUCACCUUCGGUUCUCAAGCCUUCGAGUGCUUGCCCUGUAAGUUCGUUCCGACACAGCAACGUUGCUCGAGCAUCGCUGUCUUCAUCCUCAGCAUCCCACAGCUGUGUCCAAGUCCAGUCACCAAGUUUCCCUCCAAGUUGAUGUUCGACCUCCUCCGUGAUCUCUGCGGGGUAUUCGAAUACGACGAGAAGGUUUCUCACCCGUUCCCAUGGGUGGUGGACGAGGAGUUCAAGAAGCGGCACGAGCACAUUCGCAUGGCAGACCAGACGGAGUUCGGCUGGUGCCAGAGGUGCGUGAACGCGCUGCUCAAGAUCGACAUCGGCAAAGAGAUCUUAGAGAAAAUCAUCAACGGGAAGGCGAACAAUUAUGAUUCGUCCGAGGAGUGUGUGCUGAGGGGUGUGAACAAGAUGACUCAGUUUCACAUCAUGCUCGACCUCAACCAGUCUGACACGCCUUGUGUCAUCGUGCACACGAGGCUGAAGCUGCCGAGGGAAGCAGGGGCGUUCACAACGCCAUGGUCAGAGCUGUACCGAGCGACGCUCAACGGGGAGCCGGUGAAGAAGUUUCUGUCCGACACAGGGUCGUACCUUCGCAUCUACGCGCACAGGAACUCUGCGGCAGAGAGUCUGCACAUGACGGCAUUCCAUGAGAUUCCAGCGAAGGAGGGAUGGGAAUGCUUCCACAGCAAGACUUGGACGAUAACUCCCAAGGGCAUGUCGUUCCAGGGAGACAUCUUCUCCAAGGGUGACAAGGAGAUUUGUACGUACAACUUCACGUUCAAGCGGGUGGAGGACCUUGACCGAGGACUGCUCUCCUCCCUCAUCCAAGAUGAAUGA